CCCAUUGCAUGUUUUUUUACCCGGAGUGGAAUGAAGGGGCCAGCCCUGAAACAAGCCAUUCAACAGGUGCUGGGUGCGUGUUUAGCUGUUGGGUUAAAAGUAGUGGCCACUGUAUGCGACAUGGGGACAAACAAUGUUUCUGCUCUUAGAGGACUCGGAGCAAAGUUUCCGGACCCUGUUUUUGAUUAUGAAGGGCACAAAAUGGUAGUAUUUUUUGAUCCACCACAUCUCUUAAAGUGCACAAGAAACAUGUUCGAAAGUCAUGUUGUGAGAGGUGUGAAAGUGAGAGGAAAUGUCACUGUUAGUGGAGCGGCCCGUUGGGAACAUUUGCAAAGGAUGUAUGAAGAGGAUAAGAACAACUCCAUUUUCAGACUUGCCCCAAAACUUACAGAUGCCCACCUCACACCUACCUCCAGUGACCGGAUGAAAGUUGCAACUGCUGCACAAGUAAUGAGCCAUACUGUGGCAGCAACUUUGCACAGCUUUGUCAGUAGAGAUAUUUUGCCAAUCGAAGCUACUAUUACAGCUUCAUUUGUGGCAGAUGUGGAUGCUAUCUUUGAUAGCUUUAAUGGAACUGAACAGUAUCCACAGUCUGGCAAGCCAUUGAGGUGUGCACUGUCUGCCAACAGCCCACAUAUUGAAUUCUGGCAAGAUGAAGCUAAAAGCAAAGUUCAGAAAUGGGAGUUUUGCUUUGAUCCAACUGCUGAUCGAAGACUAAACAGAGAAAGGAAACAAAAGCCUCCACCACUAACGCCUGGUAAGCAUCGUAGUUUGGUAUCUCGUCCUCCUUCACAGUGGGGCUGGAUUACAUCUAUGAAUGCUGCAGUUCAUGUGUGGCGUGUUUUGUCGGAAGCUGGGUUUCGGUUCCUGCAGCUUAGGAACCUUAACCAGGAUGCUUUGGAAAACUUGUUUGGAGCAAUUCGAUCUUACUGUGGGUCUAAUUAUAACCCAACAAUAUAUCAGUUCUCAGCAGCAUUGAAGACAGCUGUUAUCAACAGUUUGGCAUUUAAAGGUUACUCUGGUAAUUGUCAGGCAGAUCACGCAACAGUUUUGAGUGAUUUACAUACUUUUCUUUUUGGACUUGAACCCUCUGAUAAAAAUGCUAGUUCUGGUGAUGUAGUUGUGAAGCCUUGUUAUGACAGUUAUGUUAAUGCAGUGGCAGAUAUUGAAAAUGCAGUUCAGUGUGGAGACAUAUCUGUACUGCCUGAUGCAUAUGUGGCUGGUUAUAUAGUCCGUAAAGUGUUGAAGAAGGUUGUGUGUGAAGAGUGCAGUAGGCUGUUAGUGGGUAGUGAAGAAGACUUUUGUAACACAGCAAUAUGUUUCAAAGAGUUUUCAGAUACCACCAGCAGAUUAACUUAUCCAUCACAGUGUACAGUUAAAUUAGUCAGGCAAUGUGCAUUACUGUUUGAAGGAAUUAUGGCUAGUAUUUCGCACUCCAAUGAUCUGCUAAAAACAGUAUCCAUUGAAUUUGAAAAUAAAUGUGACUUUAUGUGGUUGAAGGAAGGUAAAUGUCAGGAACAUUUGGACAUCAUCAAAAAUUUCCUUAUGAAGGGAAUCUGUGAGAUUUUAGUGAGGUGGUGGUGUAAGAGGGUAAACAGAAACUUAAUUUCAUCCAAGAAAAUGAAAAAGCACUGUAGGAAAAUGUCAGUUCUGUCACACAGGUAGAAAUGUACAAAACAGUUCACACAAAUAUGUGUAUAUGCAGCCUAAGUCUAAAAUUAUGAUGGGUAUUUGCCCCCUGUGAUUUCUCUUAUUAUUUCACAUAUUCUUUUAUUCAUUAGUAUUAUGGUAAUGAUAGAGACUUGUUGCAAAAUUGAUAUACAGUGAUAAUAGUUAAUGUAUACUGUAUUAAAUCAUAUUGUUCUGUAGUAAAAUUGUCACUUGAGCAUUGAUUGGUUGGAUGUAACAUAAUGGCUUUUAAUUAUUUCUUAUUCCUGUGUAGACAGCCCAUUUAAAAGUGUACGAAUACAUUGUGUGAUGAUAUUUUUGUGCAAAUUAAGGAAGUAAAUAUUGUAUUAGGUAGAUUUAGAAGAAAGACUACCUAUAGUGGCCCUUAACAUGGUGUGACUUCCAGUAAAUUUUUGUAAAUUUUUGGUUGCAUGGUUCAUUGACACCAAACCCUAAAUCAUCUCAGAAGUUUAUAUAUAUAUGUAAAUGUGUGUGUAUGUAUGUAUCUAUCACAUUUUUAUUGAAAUGUUAACUUCUGCAAAUUUUCACCAAUCACUUUCAAGU